AUGGCGGAUCCUACAUCCAGAUCGCACGGCCGAGGGGCCUCAAAGAUUCCGGGCCCACCCAAUGCAGGCGGUAGAACGCCCGUCUCAUUCCAACCGAACGUCAAUCGUGCGAAAACAAAGCGUUGGGUCGAAGCGAAGCAAUACUCCUACGAUGGCACGGACUGGGGUGACGAGGAGGAUGAAUAUCAGGAGGAGGAGGCUCCCCCAGUACCACAGCCGCCCUACACACAACAGAGAACCGGCAGCUCAUCGGACUUGAGUUCCAAGCGUUUGUCGGGCCUUGCUUUCGGCGCUGAUGGAUCGCAAGGUAGUCCCGCGGCGGAGGAUUCAAAGGCUCUGCCUUUCAUCAGGCCCGCAGACAUCUAUAAGCGUAUGCGUGAACAGCAGGGAACACCGCCUGCCGCAGCGUACUCGGAUUCUCAAAUUGAUAAUUCGCAAAGCUCGCAGCAGCCGGAAACAGCUCCAGCACGGGCUAGCGAUAGUCUGGCAUCCCAGGGCUUAACUGUUCCCUCGCAGACACAAACCGCCCCCUCCAUCGGACUCCCCGAACUCAAGAGGGUCUCUGGCUUUGGUACCGAUUUCAUGAACAGCGGUUUCCAAAAGACCAACACCGAGCCUGCGGAGCCCUCUCUGCAGCACCAACAGUCCCAGGGCUUCCGAUCCGUGGUUCAUCAGGCUUUCGAUGUCCCAGAAACACCGACCUCCACAACAGGCAGCGUUGGACGAUCUAAUAGCGACGGUACGUCGGUGGUCAGCCCCAUCAUGGGCGCUCGCAGUAUCAAUGAUGAUAAAACGCCCACCAUCCCCGAAGAGCCCGAGGUGGCUUCUCCCUCGGUUGUGGCUUCCCCCGAACCUGUGAACGAAGGGCCCGUCUUCAAACCGGGUCACCGUCGCGACCUGAGCCUUCCUAGCCGUGAUAAUAGCCCUGCCAGGAGACCUGUGAUCACCGAGCACGAUGCUCCCUCGGCAGGCCAAGCGGAGAUGUCGCCUGAGAUCCCUUCGCAGGCAAGCACUCCAAAGCAGUCACUUGAUGCGGAAUCAUAUUUCAAGAGGGCAUCCAUGCAAGGACCCGCGAGUGCGACUGAGAACGACUUUGUUGCGCCGCUCAACCUGGGCAAUAGCCGGCCGACAAGUGCCGAUACCCGUCAUGGCAGUAUUCCAAUCAUCGUGCCUGAAGGUGCGGACGACUCGCCGCGGGAUGUCGACAACGAUCUGCUGAGCAAAGAUAUUAUUCGCUCAUUAAGCAGGGAGAAUAGUCCUUUUGACGGCGCGGAGCAGGAGACUCUGCAAUCCCAGUCGCAGGCGCCUGACGAAGUCUCAAAACCUCACCCGGAUUGGACUGGCCCGCAUCCCUCGGCGCCUCAAGAUCUUUACUCCAGCAGUCAGGCUGCCGGUAGAGAUGCGCUAUCGGAACAGCCGAAGAAGCCUAAACUUGAACGAAAGUUUUCCUGGGAAUCGUCAUCGUCGGGUGAUGGGGCUGAGCCUCAAGUUCCGGGGGGCUACACCUCGCCGCCCCCUCUAAGUGCAUCGCUGGCUGUCCAAGAGCCCGAGCCUCUGUCUUAUGACGCAGCUCCUAGGGCAGAAGAACCGGAUGCAGCGCAAAUGACUGCUGCUGGUAUGGACGCCGAUAGCGAGCGCAGCCUUGAACGGCCCAUACUUUCGAUCAUUCCUCCAAUGGCGGAGAGUAGUUCACCACCCGAGCAGGUCUUGAAUUCGGAGAUUCUACCAGAACCUGUCAGUGAAAUCAGUGAAGCGACGAUGCCUCCAGCUACCAGUAACUUGAUUAAUGAAGCAAGUCUAUUGGGCUUCCGCGAUAUCCUUGGAAUCAAGUCGGCUGAUGAACGCAUCCGGGCAUUUGAUCGUACAAGAGGCCAGUUUGCUGCCCUUGACACCGGCCUGCAGCAUUGGAUUGAGUUCACCGUCCACGACCACCCGGAGUAUGCCGACCUACAAAGCCAGGGCCCGUCUACUGGAGCUGACAGGACGUCGCCCACGCAAAGCCGAUUCCCGAAAUUGCCCUCGUUAGGCAACCUUGCCUCCACGCUUAAUACCAACUCUCCAACCAGUGCAACCCAUAAUCGACGCCCUUCGGCUCAUCUCGGAACCAUCAAGAACAGGCAGAAUGUCGAACUCCGCGGCAAGGAACUCCUUCACACAGCAGGAGCAUUCAGUGGCAAGGCGGGCGAGGCUGCGAAGGGGCUGUUUGCCAAAGGCAGAAAUAAGUUCCGUCCUAGCGAAAAGGUUCAAACGCCGACAGCGACACGCAGGAGCUUGCAAUUCCCCUUCUCUCCCGGAGCCAAUGGCUCCAAUGUUAAUUUCUCCUUCCGGAGCUCCGUCACUUUGGGCAAUCUCUUCAAGGCCUCUCGGAAUGAGGAGAAUGUAUCCAUCAACACCAAAGAGCCCAUCGCCUCGCCUAUUGGAACAAACCCUGGUCUCCGCGCCAAGUCAAUGGAUCUCUCGCGGUUGCAAAGCGAAACCGCUAAUGAUGGUUCUGCUCAAAAGCGGGCUCGCUUAUCUCUUGACCAAACUCGGCGUGCGAGUAAAGCCACGAGCGGGUCGGACUAUGCUGGUGCUCUGGAGAGGGAAAUGGUUGCUGCUCUUGGGCUGUCGCCAACGGAUUCCGGACCUACAUCAUGGGAAAGAAAUGCCCCAUUUGCACAGGGCACAGAGGCACAGGCCGAAGAGGAUACGCCCGAGCUAAAUGAGAAGAAUCUGCGAGGGUUUCCUGAACAAAAACUCGAUCAAAAGAGACCAGAGAUUGCACUGUCAUCUAUUCGUCCGGUGUCCGAUGAGAUAGGCCCAGCUCCUCCGCCAAAGGACGUACCUCCUCCCCCACCGAAAGACAACCCCAAUACUCCGCCAAAGUCCUAUCCCUUCAUGCCAAAGUCAAAAUAUUCAACGGCGGGUCAGCCAUCGGACUUUUCAGAGGCUGAGGGCAAACCCUCGCUCCCACCGAAGGACCAACCUCCUACCCCUUCAAAAGAUCAACCGAUUCCUCCGCCAAAGGAUUAUAUGACCGUUCCGCAACCGAUGAAUAAGGCACAGAGCCAUAAGUCAAUUUCUUCAAUUGGAACUGAUGACCAAAGUACGAAUCGACCGCCGGGGAGUUCCGAGCUCUAUGACAGUCCCCCUUCGCCUCUGCAAGAAACGCCUGAUCAGGCAUAUGGCGAACCUGCUCCCCAAGCUAGUGUUUCAAGAACUUCCCUGCCGUCUGCUGAGGAGGUGGUGUCAGACUAUAAACCCGUUUACCCACCCGCCCCCCCACCGACAUCUUCCGAGGUCUUGGGCUACAAGCGACAGUCGAUCAGUGGCGCACUGGAGACCACUCCGGGAGUGCAAAGCCCGCUGCGGAACGAAGUCAGAUAUUCCCCUGGAACAAGAAGCAGUAUGAUGAGCUUUGGUAGACAGAGCGGCACCAGCAAGGGAACCCGUCCUGCCACGCCUGCCAAAGACAUUUCGCAAGCUGCGGGAGCAGGUUCUUCGGGUCAAGAUGAGGAUUCUGCCUUAGAUAAGUUGAAGAAGUUCGGGAAACGACGCCGGGCGUCCGUGGGAGAUAUAUUUUCUGGUCUGCAGGGAGGUCAGAAGCGAACAUUCAGCCGAAUUAGUGGUCUUUUCGGUCGGCAAAAUGAGUCUCAACUCCAAGAAAACGGAGCGAGUGAGCGAGCAAAAACCAACUCCCGCCCGACAGAGUUCAAGGUGCUGUCAAGGCCACCCCAGGUGAACGGAAAGACGCCACAUACCGCGUAUACCAAGCAACCUGCUCCCUCUAUACCGGCACCCCUGCCCUCAGAACCCGCUGUGGAACAACCGCCGCCAUCCUUGCCGGCCGACACAGAAUAUCUACGACAGCCACGCCAGCGCGCCAGUAUGCCACCUAUCUCGACUUUGAACCCUCUUGCCUCGGACAGAUUUUACUCGCAAGUCACUGGCAGCACACCAAACGAGGUCUCCGAUGCACCUUGGCACACUCACACCGAAAGCCAACCUUUCCCAGGCCAACAAUAUAAGAUGUCAUCCACACCAUGGAUAUCCGAAGACAGCACUGCGCAGGAUCAGCAGCAACCAACAAGGCUUAACAAAAGCCUCUGCUCCGAUCCCUAUUCCACCGCAGGCCACCCGCACCGCGAUGACGAGCCGCGGAUAGUCAACGACCCACCACAAGAACCGGUAGAGCUGGCUCUCACGAAGGACGAUUCGAGCGACGAAAUCCUCAUGUCUCCGACGACAUACCCGGGCCAGGAAUGGAUGCCGAUGCAUAUGUAG